GAUUAAAGCCCCCGAACACAGGGACUUGGUAGACGUUUUCUUCACUUAUAUUUUUAACCUUGUACUGCAUGACAAGAAGAUGACAAAUCUUUCAGAUGUUUUAUAUUUUUUCAUGACUGCACAGACAUUCAUAGUGAUCGGGGCUCAGCUGUGCCCUCGGCGAUGCCUGUGUCCAGCCGAGGUUCCAGUGUGUCUUUCUGGGGUGCCCCUGGUCCUGGAUGACUGUGCCUGCUGUCUGGUUUGUGCAGGUCAAAAAGGCCAAGCGUGCUCAGAGAUGAAACCCUGUGACACAAUGAAAGGGCUGCAGUGUGAUUACUCAGUGGAUGUUCACAAGAGAACUGGCAUCUGUGCGGUCAGUGUGGGUAAUGUGUGCGUUUUGGAUGGUUUAGUCUAUCAGCAUGGCCAGAUCUUCUUCCCAAGUUGUAAAUACCAGUGUGUGUGCCAGAGUGGUCAGAUAGCCUGCAUUCCUCGCUGCAACCUGGAUGUUAUGCUUCCUGGGCCCGAUUGUCCAACCCCACGCAAGGUCCAGGUUCCAGGAGAAUGCUGUGAGAAAUGGGUGUGUGAGCCCCAGACUGAAGCAAGUGCUCUGGGUGGCUUUGCUAUGGCCGCCUUUCGUCAAGAAGAAACUGUAGGUUUUGGAAGCUGGGACCCCCAGAUGAACUGCAUUGAACAGACCACAGAGUGGGGGGCCUGCUCUGAAACAUGCGGCAUGGGGGUCUCCACCAGGGUCACAAACAAGAACAAUCGCUGUGAGAUGGUGAAGCAGAGUCGGCUGUGCAUCAUCAGACCCUGUGAAGACCUGCAGGGACAAUUGACUCAGCUUGCACUAAUGCAGAGAGGCAGGGGAUGCCAGAGGGCGGUGAGGAGCGACAAAGCUGUUCACCUUGAGUAUAAGAACUGCACCAGUGUUCUGGCCUACAAGCCUCGCUACUGCGGCACCUGCACAGAUGGGCGCUGCUGCACCCCCCACAGAACCAAGACCACUCUGGUGACGUUCCAGUGCUCCAACAACACAAUCAGCCGCAAGCCGGUCAUGGCAAUCCUAAGCUGUGUCUGCCACACCCAUUGCCCUAGAGACAAUGCUGCAUGGGAGCCAUCGCUGCUCCCAUACGGUGGCAUGACAGGAAGAUGAGUCCAGGUUGUAGCUAACGACAAAAUAUGUGCUGAAUUGAGUCCUGAAUAUUAACAUCCAGCGCAAUAUUUAAUGUUGCUAAUAAUAUACAUUUAAAAAAAGAAAAGAAAAGAGAAAAAGGACAGACCCAAACUAUGGCAAAAGCAAACUUAGGGCUGCCAGACCAGCAGAGCUCUGGAUAGACAUCAAAGCUUAAGAUUAAUAUUUAAAUUUAUGAUGAGCCUUCAUUUAAAAUCUCAACUGAGAUUUAUAAUCAACUUUAAAAUUAACUCAAAUUUUUUUUUUUUUUUCACAUUUUAAGAAUAUGGAAUAACUGAUGACUUUACUAGCUGUAUAAACUUAAUUCAUAAUUCAUUCAUUUCUACUAAGGUUUUUGUUUCUUUUUCUGCAGUGUAACACCAGAUUAAAUGGUUUAUGAUACAAAUGUCCAUAUAUAAUUGUGAGCACAAUUAUAUAUUGGGCCUCAUUCCCAGCUCCUAUAGGUUCACCAGAGCCUCCCUGACCGCAUGUCACUGAUAUUUAAUGUGAAAUUAAUCAUUUGAGUUACAAGGGAAACAAACGCCACAAAAAAUAAUAUUCCACAUACCAAAAUAAAGAUAACUGAGCAGCAGAUGAACCAUGAUAUUUUAGGGAAAUACAAAACAAACAAAUUAAAAUACAUAUUACUAACGUUGUGGCAACUGGUGAGUCAGACUUAACUGGGUACCGCAAAUCAAUUAACACUGAUUUGGUCUGUCAAAACGGUGUUAAAUAGGGCAACACGGGUCAUUUUGAAGGAAUAUUCUGCCUAGAACACAAAGGGAAUCACACAUCUCUGUAUCUCUGCAGGAGAGGGAUUUCAAUUUAAAUAUAACUGAGUUAUAUCCUGUGGACAAAAAUAAUCAGUGUGAUUUAUUACUGAGUUCUAUAGAACCACUUAAGCAAUGCUCUCAAAAGUGCUGCAUUGUUUUCCGAACAGAUUGUGCUUCAUAACUGUUUGUAAGUCGUAUUUUUGUUUAUUUUAAAACAUCACUUAAAAGGAUAAAGUGUAAAAACAACAACUUUCUAUUUCUAAAAUGAAAAUUUUGUUUAUCCUGAAGGAAGGAACUACAGAUUUAAUGCACUGUAAAAUAAGCAGCACAAUCUUGAAUCUUUAUUUAUAUGCUGUCAUUCACUCUGAUAAACUAGAAAGACCUUCAGAUGCAAGAUUUGCGAAAGAGCUACAGUUAUUUUCACUAAAAACUCUUUAUCUACAGGUCGCAUAAUUGGAAUAACUGAGAUGCGCGCCUUGACAUGGACCCCACUAGGGGCUCGCCACAUGAAUGAGAGGUCACUGUUGUGUCUGAGUGUCACUUUUGACGACUCUCUGAAAUACUAUCCUUGUAAAAUAAAUGUUUUUAAUAAAUGUACACUUAUUAGAAGCAUAGAAGGAA